UCAUGGUGCCAACACGAGGAUGCUGAUGCCAUUACCGCCCCCUUGUAUACCCUACGAGAUGACACGACGAUAGUGGCCGUCCAGGGUUUCAGGAAGGCCGGCAACAACGGUGCCGUCGCAUGGUUUGGUUAUGACUGGAUGACUGGUGAGGAGCCCCAGCAGUGGGGCCGCCUUUUGCAGGAGCUUACUAUUGGCCUCGCAGCAGGUGCAACCCAACCCCCUAGCAGCGAUAACAUUGCUGCACAUCCAACGCAAUCCUCCCUCGCACGUAAUACAGUCCUACUGCAUGAUGGUAGAAAUGAUCUUCAGGAGGUACGAAAACGCGCCCUCCUUGUUGAUGCCGUUACUCAACUGCCAACCUACGCCUCGACUCCACAGCCAUCGCCGCCUCCUUCCAAGUCUCAGCAGUCCCAUCCGCCAGCAACACCCACCGUACCACCUUCACCAAAGCCUCCCUCGUCACCGUCAAGCACCCAUCCUCCCUCAUCCCCUCUCCCACCACCUUCGCCCAUCCCGCCCUCUCCGCCGUCAAGCCCCCAUCUUCCCUCGUCCCCUCCUCCACCACCCUCGCCCGACCCGCCAUCUCCGCCGGCAAACCCCCAUCCUCCCUCAUCCCCUCCUCCACCACCCUCGCCCGACCCGCCAUCUCCGCCGUCAAGCCCCCAGCCUCCCUCAUCCCCUCUCCCACCACCUUCGCCCAUCCCGCCCUCUCCGCCGUCAAGCCCCCAUCUUCCCUCGUCCCCUCCUCCACCACCCUCGCCUAGCCCCCCAUCGCCGCCGUCAAGCCCCCAUCCUCCGUCAUCCCCUCUUCCACUACCCACGCCCGACCUGCCGUCUCCGCCGUCAAGCCCCCAGCCUCCCUCAUCCCCUCUCCCACCACCUUCGCCCAUCCCGCCCUCUCCGCCGUCAAGCCCCCAUCUUCCCUCGUCCCCUGCUCCACCACCCUCGCCCGACCCGCCAUCUCCGCCAUCAAGCCCCCGGCCUCCCUCAUCCCCUCUUCCACCACCCUCGCCUAGCCCCCCGUCUCCGCCGUCAAGCCCCCAGC